AUGAACAGAAAAACUUUGGAAGUUAUCCCUCCAAAGGGAAAUGCCCCAAAAAUUCCAAAAUCUGCUCUUCCGAAACAACCUUUGCAAGUGAAGCCUAUUUCUCAACUUGACAAUGCUCCACAAUCUCAAUAUGAAGGGAUACAAAGUUAUGAUAGCCAAAGAAUAGGAAAUAGCACAUUUACUCCUCCAAACAAUUUACAAUCUAAUUAUAGUUCACCAAAUUCUUCAAAAUUCUCAUCUCCACUUCGAAAAACUCAAGUCCCAGAGCAUAAUUUUUCGAAUUUUGUUUCAAAUUCUUCAACAUCUUAUUAUUCUGCAAAUAAAUCAUCGCAACUACAAUCAAACAUUGAAACUAUGUAUACUGCAUCACCACAAUCAUCAUCUCAUGCAGUUUUUGAAGAUCCAAAUCAGAAAUCAACAAAUACUCAACAAAUUCCUGCAUUUUCAUCAGAAAGAUCAACAUUUAAAGCUUCAUCUUCAACAUUCCAAGCGAAACAAGAUCCAGAAAAUCAAAAUAAUUCAAUUUCUAUUUCUAAUCCUUCAAAUUCUGAAACAACGUCAUCAAAUUACCAACAACAAUUUACAGGAAAUACGAAAUUCGUCAUUACUCCUCCAGAACAUAAAAAGUCAUCUUUUGAGAAACCAUUUGAUGAUGAUUUUCUGAAAGAUGACGAUCAACAGCAAGAAGAAUCUUUUACAUUUGAGGUUAACGAUGAAUUUUCAUCGAAUGCAGGUCAAGAACAAUUAUCUGAUAUUCAUGUUGACGAUUUCGAACUUCCAACAAGUCUAUUUGCAGACAACAAUGAUACAGAACAAUCUAAACUCGAAACAGAACCAAAAGUUGAAGAUAAUAAUUUUGAUAUUCAAAAUGGAUCAGAAAACAUCGAAAAAGACAACAAAGAACCACAUAUAUCUCAAAAUGAUCCAAUUACAAACAAAGAAACUGAAGAAAAACCAGAAGUCAAAAUUAUUGCAGGAUUUACAAUUGAAAAAUCAAACAAAAAAACAACUAAUCAACAAAUUGACGAAGAAGUACAAUCAAUUCCAGAAGAUAUGCUUGAAGACAUGUUAGAUAUCUAUCAAAGUAUUGACAACAAAAAUAAUUCUAAUGAAAACGAAUCAUUUGAAAUUUGUCAACCAAGAAGAGAAAGUCUUAGCAUCGGAAAACGAACAGGAAACGAAGAAUCAGUUAUAAUUUCUUCAAUUGACGAAGAUGACUUUGAUCCAUUAAACGACAUGAUGGAAUUUACAAACAUUAUGAAUUUAUCUGAUUCAAGUGAUAUUUUGAACUCAAAUGGAGAUCCAUUCUCAGAUAUCCCAGUUGAAGCACUUAAAGACAUGCUUGAGAUAGAAGAUGACGAAACAGUUGAAGAUUUUCGUUCACGAAAUAAACCUAAAACAUUUAUAAAACCUAAACAAAACACAAAACUUAAACCAAUUAAAAGUAAAAAACCAAAACCACAAAGUAAAUCAAAAGAAGAAAUUCCUUCUAAACCGAAAAAGAAUUUUACACUUGAAACACCAAAAGUUCAAGAACUUAAUUUACCUAAAGCUAAAACAAUCACAUUAGACAGAAAGAUACAAAAUGUCAAUGUUAUUCAUGAUGGUGGUUUUGUUGUUGAACGACGAACAGAUCUUAAUUUGAUUGUUAGUGAUUUUUCAAAACCAUCUUCACAACAAUUACCUCCACAACAAAAUAUAUCAACAGAAAAGUUCUUCAAUACACGUCCAACAGAAGGAACACAAAUCGGCCAAAAACUUGUUGGUCAAACGAAGUCAUUUGAAUUCAAUCCAAAUGAUCUUCCACCAGAUUCAUCAACACAAACACCAAAGAUAUCAUCAUUUGACUUCCAACCUUUAUCACAAACAGCAUCAUACCAAGCUCCAUCUUCAUUGUCAUCAUUUGCUACUAAACAAUCUAUAUUUAACAAUCAGUCACAACAACAAUUUCAACAACAUCCUCAACUUGUUCAAAAUAAUAACCCUUAUCCACAAAUUAUUCCUCCAACAGUACAACAACAAUUUAUUUCUCCUGUUCCUCCACAACAACAAAUACAACAACAACUUCCUCAGGAAACACCAAUUGUCAAUGAAGAUCCAACAAAGAUAUUGAAAGAGAAAACUAAUGCAUCAGCAGCACCAAUUGAAUUGAUUGAAGAACUUAAGCGAUUGCGUCAUCAAGUUAAUGAACAAGAGAAACGACAGAAGUCAAAUACUCUUCCACCUGGUUUUGCAGUUAAAUCUAAAGGUCCAUUACCAGUUUUACCACACUUAGAUGGUUCCGAUCUUAAAACAGAAGGAUUUCUUGAACCAGAAACAUUCGGAUCUAAAGAAGACGACAUCGACGAAAUUUCAUUUAACAACACAUCCAAUCCUAGCUCUCGUAAUUCAGCGAUGAGUUCGAAUUGGAGUGGUCCAGGAAUGAACACAGUCCCUCCUCCACCUGUCAUCACUAUGAGUGACACCGAUGUCUCUCCAACAAAGCGACACAUUCGUACAUCUAUGAAAGAUCGGAAGAACAGAGCAAAUAACAAGUCCGAACUUAUUUUGAUGCAGAAGACAUCUAAAUCUAAGAAGAACACGGCACAAAUCUUCAGUCUUAUUGCUAUUUGUGCUAUUCUCGCCAUCAUUCUUGGAAUCAUGUCAUUCUACUUCAUGCCUUCUGUUUUGUAA